UUUUCUACACAUACCGCCCUUGGUUGAGAAUUUUCUCUAAACUCUCGACAGUAUGUUUAACAACAACGUAUCACAAAUGCUACCAGCUGGCUUCAAUAGUAUAUAUUAAUUAAACUUCACUUUUCAAACUACAUAUCAUUUUCACCAGCGUCAACAAACACUUGAAAAAAUUGCAUUCUGUAAAUUUUGCAUGCUGAUCCAAGCGUUAAAAAAUAAUUUAGUAAAUUGCAAACAAGAACAUCAAAUCGAAUCUUGGGUUUUUUUCCCAUUUGAUUCUUGAUUUUCGUCGGUUAAUUUGGAAUUUAGUUUGCAGAAACCGAAAUUACUGGUCAAAAAUUAAGUUUCAUUGCCAAAACCAAAACUUUUCGAGUCAUUUUCUCAGGCGAUUCUAGCUUUAUACAAAAUUGUUAAAUAUUACGAUAUUUGGAUAUUUUUCUUCUGAUAAGUUGCAAUGGGUGAGCCCAAGCCAAAGAAUAAUCUGGAGAAGCUACUGGCUUCGAAGAAGGCUAGCACUGGAACAGGGGGAGGGGGUCUGUCUAAUCUGCAGCAGCUGAUGAGCAAGGGGGACUCAACUCAUUCAACGACUACAGCAGUAGCCAACGGAAAAACUGAAGAUGUCAAGGCAAGUGUAGCAAGCAGCUCCCCCAGAGGCUCCACUACAAUCACUGCGUCCAAACUGGGAGUGGGAACACAGGACAGGAAGGGGAGUGGGGAUGCAAAUGCUGCAGGAGGGGGAGGGGCGGGUGAUAAGUACAAGGACAUCGCCAUGCGGGCACACGUGUUGCGUGCCAUCCUGGACCCGAAAGAGAAGAGAAAAAGGGGAGGGUCUAAUGCUGGGGCUGCCACUUCCCCCCUGGUGCCCCCGAUUGAGGAUGAGAUGGUGGUGGUAGGGGCAGACAGUGGGAGUAACCAACUGCAGGCGGGGGUGGACGACAGUCUCUUCAAAGAGGAGGAAGCCAGGAAAGCGAAGGAGGAGUUGGAGAGGGCAGAGAAGGAGAGACAGAAAUUUGAGGAGGAGGCGGAGCAGAAGAAGAGGGAGAUGGGACAACUGCAGAGUCAGCUGGACAGACAGAGUCAGGAGGCCAAGAGACAGAAGGAACAGUACGACCAGAUACAGGAUGAGCUGAGACUGGCGAAGCAGAAUGCGGAGAAGUUGCAGAAGGAGCUGGAGAGGGAGGGGGAGAGCAAGGGGAAGAGACUGAAGGAGUUGGAGGCACAGGCGGCCAAGGACAAGUUGGACGCCCAGAGGGAACAGCAGAGAUUGCAGGCGGAAAUGGACAGACUGAAGGAGCAGGCGAAGCUGAGUGAGGGGGACAGUGUGAAGAGACUGCAGGAGAAGGAGGAGGAAUUGAAGCGACUGAAGGGGGAGAGGGGGGAGGAGGAGAGGAAGGCGAAGGAGCGACAGAGGGAGAUGGAGGAACAGAUCAGUGCACUCAAGGCACAGCAGCAGAAGCUGCAGGCGGCGAAGGAGAGUGAGUUGGACAAAUUGAAGCAUGAGUUGGAGAGAGCGAGAACAGACGCCAACAAGGACAAGGGACAGCUACAGGCGGACAUGGACAAAAUGAAGGCGGACAGGGACAGAAUAAAGAAGGAGUUGGAGGCGGACUUGUUGAGUAGUAAGAAGAAGAUGGAGCAGUUGCAGAGUGAGAGCGAGGAGAAGGCGAAGAGGCUGAAGGAAGAGGCGGACAAGAUGCGCAACGAAUACGACAACAAAAUAAGAGAGCAGAGUAAGCAGAAUGAGAAGCUGUUGGCUGACCAGGAGAGACAGAGGGUGGCAGUGCAGGAUGAGUUGGAGAGAGUGAAGAGGGAUAUGCAGAGAAGUCAGGAGGACAGACAGAAGGAGCAGGACAAACUCAGGGGCGAGUUCAAGCGGGAGAAGGAGGACUUAGAGAGGAGUCUGGACAAACUGAGGAAGGACAAACAGUACGAGGUGGACAACAUGAAACAGCUCCUCGAGAGGGUCAAGAAAGAGGGCGAGGACAGCGAGGCUGCCAGACAGAGUGAGUUGAGUGGCCUGAAGGACAAGAUGAGUAAGAUGGAGAAGGAGAAGGAGGAGCAACUGCAGAGGGACAAACACGAGAGGGAACUAUUGAUGGCGGAAUAUCGGGCCAAGAUGGAUGAGAUGAAACAAGACAGUGAAUCAGCGAAGAGUCAGAUGGCCAAUCAGCUGCAAGAGAUGGAGAACAGACUGCAGAUGGAGCGGGAGGAGGCGGAGGGGAGGAACAAAAGGGACAGGGUGGAGUGGGAGAACAGACUGAAUGAGCGACAGAGGGAGAUGGACAUGCUCAAACAGGAACAGGACAGACACAAACAGCAGGCCACACAGGAACAAGACAAGUUGCGUGCGGCAAUGGACAAAUUAACCGAAGAGAGGGACAAGGAGAUGGCGAGACUGAAGAGUGAGCGGGAGAGCGAGGUGGGGGUGGUGAGACAACAGCUGGCAGAUGUGAUGGGGGAGAGCAAGAGAAUCCAGCAACAGAGCCAGAAGGACAUGGACAGACUCACGCAGGAGAUCGGAAGACUUUCGAAAAGCAAAGAAGAGGAAGUGGACAAGUGGAGACAGGAGUGUGAGAAGACUAGGGAUGAACUGGAGACGCAACUGCAGAGGAUGAAGCAGGAGAAGAGUGCCAGUGAGGCGGAGUUGAAGGGAGACCUCGACAGUCUCCGGAAAGAGCUGGACAGUCAGAGGGACAGGGCACAACAGGAGUUGGAGCGAGUGAAGGAGGACAGGGAGAGUGAGGUGAACAGACUGAAGGAGGAGCUGCAGAAGGUGUGGGAGGGAAGGGAUGCAGAUGUGGAGAAGUUGAGAUCAGAAUUGGACAGGAUGAUGGACGAGGCACUCAG